UCGCGCGACCGGAUGUGCAUCGAUGCGCCUGAUGCGGGCAUUGACUUCUACACGACCUUCUACCUCCGCAUGGUGGACCUUCACACGGUUUUGGUGAUGGAGGGCUACGACGUGUCUUUCGUGGCUGUUCAGGAGGCAAUGACCGACAACAACUACAACGAUAAAUUCAAGCGUGUAUGGACGCAGUGGAAGAACGAGCGGGGGUUCCUGAUCAAGAGGCGGGUGUUGACGGAGCUAGGGGUGAAGGUCAAGUGGGCGAGGGGCUCCAAGAUCCAUGUGGACCUUGAUGACAAGAUGGCCCUCUGGCAUGACUUCAAGCCUCGAAGGAGGUUUGGGCAGUUGGUGAGCACCUGGGGCUCGGCGAAGCCACCCCCAGGGGUGCACUCCGGGCAGCCUUUUGCCAACAAGAUCUUCUUUCAGGCGGCGUUCGAUGCGUUUCAGCAGUGGGCUGUGGCGGGGAAGCUCUGUCUGAAGGCGUAUCACAUUGCCUGGAUUAUCAUGGUGGUAUGUGCAGGGGUGGCAUCACCACACCGUUCAGGGCAGGGGACGGAUACAACUGGGACGGAAGUGGAGCCAAUACUGGCGUGUGCUGGGUUCAUAACCAUGGGGUGUUUGCAGAUGCAUGAUGUGGCAGCGUCGUUUGAGGGGUGGGGUGCUGGCAGCGAAAUGAUGUGAAACAGCAGCAGGGCCAGACUCAUACCUUGGUGGUUAGCUAGGUUUAUCAUAGCUGCAGCGGCAGCGGUGGGAGUAGGUGGGGGCUUGCAGCAGUAGUAUGUGCUCUCUCAACGAGGAAGGAGGGGGUUGAUGCCAUCGUACGGGUCGUUUCCGAUUUACUUCCAGGGUAGUGCUCCUUUUGUCCGGAUGCGGUUGGUAGGGCGAUCACAGCUUGGAUGCGGGUAGAGGUCUAAACCCUGAGAUUUUGUGUCACUGAUGUGUUUUCUUGUGACACUGAUGUGUUUCUUCUACUGGCCAUCUAUACCAAUUAAUGAGCCUAAUAUCU